AUGAAUACUACUGCAAUGUUUUCUAUCAAGGAAUUCCAAGCCACAUGUGAAGGCUUAAUAUCAACACAGACCUUGGGACCUUGUAAGCACUUGAUAUAUCCCUUCCUGCUGAUCCUUUCAACACUGAGGUAUACAGGAGGCAGUCUUGGCCCUCAUUCCUGUAUCUUCAAAAGCACAGAGCAGUGGCUAUUGGUCUUUUUUGACUUUAACUUUGUGGACUGGAGACUUUCAAAUUGGUGCCACACUGCUCCAGGGCCUAAAGGAAGGCCCAUUAGUGUAGCUGAAUGCUCUGCAGAAGAUCUGGAGAUUUUGUAA